AGUGUGCCGGCGACCGUUGACUGUGCUGUGUCGCGCGUGCUGCGACCAACCGCACCCCGAAACGACAAACUCACACCACAACACAACUUUAGUUCCUCAUUAACAGUUACAGUGGGUGUUUUGGUGUAAUAACGAAGUUACUUGUGUUUUGACUGACCACACUCGAGUGUAUUAAGUUCUAAGUUCUGGAUACUGGACAAGUGAUUAAAAGUGACUGCGUGCUAUGCCGCAAUUAACAGUUUAGCUGCGUUCUGCGGGCGAUGCUCACAGGAGAGCAUGUGAUGCCGGCCUUUGACGCCCGGCGCCAUGCCCACGCCGCUGCAGCCCGGCGGCCCCGCUAGCGGCCCGCCCCCGGAGCGCAAGCGGCGCCGCAAGCGCGACGAUCCGCAGAGUUCAGCUGCGCUCGAGCCUGACGACGACGACGGCGACAUGAGCCCAGAGGAAGAACCGCGCAACGCGCCCGCGGCCCCCGCGGCGCCAACCCCAGCGCCCUCCUCCGCACCCGCGCCAACCUCACCUCCCGCCGCGCCAGAUGCCGUCGACCUUACCUCGCACAGAGAUUCUCCGCCGCUCUCCUCUGAUGUCGAAAGAUUUGAUGGCAAGAUCGUCUACAAUCCUGAUGGAUCUGCCUAUAUCAUCGAGGACCCUGAAUUAUCAGAAGGAGAAACGAGCAUACCCGAUCUACCAAAAAUUGAACCAGGGUGUAUCGUAGAUAGUCGCGACAACAACGUAGUGGAAAGACAGCUUGAUUUCCCACAAAUAGCAAGUGCGUUUUACGUAUCAAGAAACCCUUCGUUGUAUGGCGCGUUAUAUGGAAGACUGGCAGCAGAACGAGCGCGAGCGAGACCGGACGCGCCUGUUAUGCACAGUUAUCGAGUAUUUAGUUUUCGCGGAGGAAAGGACGCUCCUAGACCGCCAUCUCCUCCAGCUGAGUGUCCCGUUAGCGUACCAGUCAAACCUAUCCUAAUGUGUUUUAUUUGUAAAUUGAGUUUUGGCUAUGCAAAAUCAUUUGUAGCGCAUGCGCAAGCGGACCACAGUUUAUCAUUACUGGACUCUGAAAGAGACGCCUUAUCAAGAGAAAAUGCUUCUGCUAUUAUCCAAUGCGUAGGCAAAGAUAAAGAGCCACUAGUCUCAUUUUUAGAACCCGUUGGUGCUGCUGCGCCACCUCGGUUAUCAUCUUCGGGAAGCCCUAAUAUGACAGAAUUACCAAGCCCAUCAUUGGACAAACGACAAGAUUUAAUGACAACCGACAGAGAUACUGAGUCAAUGUUGUUAAACGGAACGUGUGACGAGAGGAAACCAAGCCCAACCGCGGCAUGGAGGCCGCCACGGUCGAUAGCCGAAUCUUUAAUGCCACAACAUUCCUUGAUCUCCGUGGCACAUCCACAUACUAUUAAUGCUUCAGUGCAACCAAGGGCCAGUCCUAAUUCAUCCCCACCGUUUCAAGCUACACCGCCUGCCUUCCUGUCUGGCACGACGAUAGGUGUCUGCCCAGAUCAUUUAGGAGGAAGGCCGUCUGGUGCAGAUUGUCCAAAAUGUGAAUUAAUACUGAACUCAGGAAGAUUAGGUGGCCCAUUAGCUGGUAUGCACAGUCGAAAUUCCUGCAAAACCUUGAAAUGUCCUAAAUGUAAUUGGCAUUAUAAAUACCAAGAGACUUUAGAAAUACAUAUGAAAGAAAAACAUCCUGAAGCUGAGACGAGUUGCAUCUACUGCAUAGCUGGACAACCACAUCCUCGGCUCGCCCGUGGAGAAACUUACACCUGUGGCUACAAACCAUAUCGUUGUGAAGUGUGUAACUACUCGACUACAACUAAGGGCAAUUUAAGUAUUCACAUGCAAUCUGAUAAACAUCUAAAUAAUAUGCAAGAACUUCAAAAUGGUGGCAACCCUGGCGAAGGAACUCUACCACCUGCGCCGCAACAUACUCCGCCAGGCCCACAUAAACCACCUCUACCACAUCACUCACCCUUAGGUCAAAAACCAAAGCCAACCUUCCGCUGCGAUGUUUGUAACUAUGAAACAAAUGUUGCACGUAACCUGAGGAUACAUAUGACUUCUGAAAAGCAUACCCACAAUAUGCUGGUCUUGCAGCAAAAUGUAAAGCAUAUGCAGACGUUGUCAGCUCUUCACCACAGACAACAAAGUCAACAACAACUUGAAAGCCUAUUGCAUUUCCAUGGUGGUGACGCUCCACCCCCUAACCCCGAAGCUGCUCUUGCUGAUAUGGCUUACAAUCAAGCCCUUAUGAUUCAACUAAUGACUGGAGGCCCGGGUCCUUCCCCUCCAGAACUAGGAGCUCAUCUGGAUGUUGGUCUAAACCCAGAAGCUAUGGAACCUCCGCCAGAGCCUGCAGACCCAGAGCCAGAGAGAACGUACCAUUGUUGCAUCUGCAACUGUUUCUCAACCGAUUCGCUAGAAGCGCUGGGUCAUCACUUGGCUCAGGACCGCACGAAAAUCAGGGAACAGGAGAUUCUGGCUUUAGUAGCUGGUCAUUACGUGUGUAAACUAUGCACAUAUAAAACUAACUUAAAAGCUAACUUUCAACUACACUGCAAAACUGAUAAGCACUUACAGAGGCUUCAACAUGUCAACCACGUGAAAGAAGGUGGGCCAAGGAACGAAUGGAAACUGAAGUUCUGUGGUGGUGUUGGAACAGGUGGUGCAAGCGUUGGUGGUGUACAAGUACGCUGCUGUGCGUGUGAUUACUACACCAAUUCUGCGCAUAAACUGCAGCUACAUGCAGCAGGUGCAAGACACGAAGCUGCUGCCUUACUAUUAAGACAUCUUCGUGAGUGUGCUACACGAAUUCCUCGAGAACGACCCCGAGUAUACCGUUGUGCUCUAUGUGGCUUUGGAGCACCCCAUCGACUGCCACUUCUGCAACACGUUCGAUCUGUGAAACAUUUGCAGAUGGAACAAAUACACCAGUUACAACGUCGGUCUGAAGGCAAAGACCCAACUCCUGAUGUAGCUGAGCUGUUCCAAGUCAUCCCUCAGCCAUCUGAGUUACCGAGCCCGUACGAUCAGCAAGAUAAUGACACUAAGGAGCCGAUCGACCAGAAACCUGAGUUAACUCAAGAACAAAAGAUGAUGAGAUUUUUGGAACAACAUCAGCAGCAACAACAACAACAACAACAACCGCAACAACAACCAAAUCAAGUCGUAUCUCAACAGAUUCAGCAAAGCUCCAAUGAGAGGGAGGAAGAACGCGAGACUCCAGGACCACACGCGUGUCCUUAUUGUAAUUUUAGUUGCUCGAACGAGUCUCGCCUACACGCACAUGUCACCUCCGUACAUGGCGACCCGUCUCGACAUUUCAUUUGCCCUCUUUGCCAAGAUGGCUUCAAGGAACGACCAGCCCUUGAACGGCACGUCAUGCAAAUCCAUUCAGUUAACUCAGAAGGGCUACAAAGAUUGCUAUUACUUGUUGAUCAGAGCCACUGGUUGAAUGGUGGGGCCCAAUCCCAAAGGGAUGAAUCUCGACAAGGUGAUGAUGAGCGGGAAAUAUCCUCACCACGAUCGGAAGGAAGUGCUGAUGGUGAAACUGAGAGAUGUUCGACAUGUAACCGCACCUUUAGGAACGUCGAUGAAUUAUGUCAGCACCAGAAUGAAUCUGGCCACCUUGAACUGAAACAAACACCCCAGGGGCCAGGUUACGUCUGUUGGAAGAAAGGAUGCAAUCGAUACUUUGACGCAGCUCAUGCACUACAAAACCAUUUCCGAGAAGCACAUGCGCGUAACUCUAUUGCAAACAUGUCAGUGUCUGAGAAACAUGUGUACAAGUACCGUUGCAAUCAGUGCAGUCUUGCGUUUAAGACAAUUGAAAAAUUACAGCUACAUUCACAAUAUCAUGUUAUCAGAGAUGCAACUAAGUGUGUGCUGUGCGGUAGGAGCUUUAGAUCUGUGCUAGCACUGCAGAAGCACGUUGAAACGUCCCACCCUGAAUUAUCUGAAGAAGAACUGAGUGCCUUCAAACGCAGCUUAGCGUCGAAUCCUUUAUUACAAGCUGCACAAGGCACAGCUUUAGAUGCUGCUACUGCGGAGCUUUUACGUAAAGAAGCAUUGAGAACUCCAGACGAUGACCUCGCUGAUGUCGAAGAUAGAGAUUCUAGCGCAACAGUUGCUGAUGAGUCUGGACAUAAUGAUGCUGAAAACUCGGAUGAUUCAAUCAUUUACAAAGACCAACAAUUCUUGGAAGAUUACUUAAAUUCCCAAGCAAUGGCCGAAGAUUCCUACAACGAUCCAAAUAGAAAAUAUAAGUGUCACAGGUGCAAGGUUGCGUUUACACGACAAUCUUAUUUGACUGCACAUAAUAAGACACUUCUCCACAGAAAAGGUGAAAAGCUAACCUACCCCAUGGAAAAAUAUCUAGACCCAAACAGACCAUUCAAAUGUGACGUAUGCAAGGAAUCGUUCACGCAAAAGAAUAUUUUACUUGUUCACUACAAUAGCGUGAGCCAUUUACAUAAAUUGAAACGGGCUAUGCAAGAACAACAGAACAAUAACAAUCCUCCCGUGUCGCCCGGGGCGGGUUCUGCGCCAUCUAAUUUGACACUUACACCCAAGAGUACAUCGAGCGAGGAGGAUGACCGCAAACGGUACAAAUGUAACAUUUGUAAAGUUGCGUACACACAGGGCAGUACACUCGACAUACACAUGAGAUCGGUGCUACAUCAAACGCGUGCUGGCAAGUUGCAAGAACUAGCCGCAGCUGGACACGUGGAUUUGUCACGGCCCCUAGUGGAGCAGCCUGACCGUACCGACCCCGCCAAAAUAUUACAAGACGUGUUGUCGCCGAAAAAUACAUCCCCUUCGUCUACAAGCAGCGGGGGGCCCCGUUCCUCACCCCCUGCACGCCCAGGUAGCCCGCGUUCGCCCCGCGCAGGUAACACUACGUGCGAACGCUGUCAGACGUCAUUCCCAAACGGGGAGCUACUCGAGGCACAUCGAGCGACGUCAUGUCCGUACGGCGAUGCGCGGGCGCAUUCGCCGCUAGGCGAAGCUGAAACAGCUGCACUUGACGAGAUGGUGGCCAAGGGCAACCCGCCCAAACGUAACUCCCAAAUGUAUAAGCAACUAUUAGAAACAUUCGGAUUCGACCUCGUCAUGCAAUACAAUGAAAACCAACGAAGAAAAAUGCAAGAAGAACGAGAGAUGGCGCGUGUACCAAGUCCACCGCCACCGCCUCCUGAAGAAAAGCCGCCGGACGGUGAAUCCAAAUCCACGUGUCAACAUUGCAAUAAGGAAUUUUCAAGUGUAUUUGUUCUUAAAACCCAUUGUGAGGAAGUGCACAAGGAUAAAGUACCUCUAGAAUUUCUAGAGCAGUUUGCGGAACAGUUUAAAUCGGAAUAUGAAAGGAAGUCUGGUGCACCUAACUCGCCUCGUGCUGCCUCUCCCGCGCCACAGGGUGACAGGUCACCGUCUCCACGUGGUGACAAUAGUGGAAACUUUAAUGAAAAUGGAAGUGCACAAGGUGAAGCGCCAGCUGGAGUGCUGCUGGCUGCUCAAGUGCAAGAGAUGCAAGCAGCGCUUAACAUGCUUCAGCUACAACAACAGCUGGGGCAGCUGCACCCAAUGGUAGCUCAAAUGUUAUCGUUGGGUCUGCCUCUAGGUUUGAACGUCGGAGCACUGGCUGCUAUGAACCUACAACCACCAUUGGUGCCGCUAAUGCUGCCGCCUCCUCCCUUCGAUGCAAUGCCCUUUGCACACGAUGCCCAGAUGAAACAACAGCAACUAUUACAGCAGCAGCAACAGGCUAACGCUGCAGCUGGACAAAAGAGAGCGCGUACACGCAUCACUGACGAACAACUGAAAAUUUUGAGAGCGCACUUCGACAUUAACAAUUCGCCUAGCGAUGAGGCUAUCGCAAAAAUGGCCCAGCAGUCUGGACUCGCUACCAAGGUAAUCAAACAUUGGUUCAGAAAUACUCUUUUCAAGGAGCGACAGCGAAACAAAGAUUCACCUUAUAAUUUCAACAACCCUCCUUCUACGACCCUUAAUUUGGAAGAGUAUGAAAAGACCGGAGAGGCUAAAGUAACAACUUUAGAUUCGUCAGCAAGUUCUGAUGAAGGAAAGCCACCACCUGAAAAAAAGGCAAAAAUUGAAGACGCAAAUAUGAUAAUGCAACAAGAAGUCAAGUCGGAACCUAACGAUGAGCCGACGAUGGAGGAAAAAUACAAUUCAUAUGACGAUCGACACCAAGAAGAUAAAAGUUUUAUCUUUCCUCAAGCACCAUCGCAGAGCCCUGCGCCUAUGAUUCAAAACAAUGAUCACCAUCAUCAAAAUAAAUCGCGACCCCAAACGCCAACGCAUAUUUCGCUAAACUCUCUGAUUCAAUCUCAAUUAGAUUCAAUUCCAGCCACCAGUAUACCACAGCCGCCUCAUCCAUCAAUGUUACCACCAAAACUGAAUCCUAGUUUCACGUCCCCAAACUCCGCGCCCCCGAACGUCCUACCUAUGACCCCGAAUCGCAGCCUCAGCCCUGGCAGGGGGCCGGCCGAUUUCGGACUUUCCGGGGGCAAUUCGAACGGAUCCAACAGCUCAACGGGGUCUUCUGGCAAACGCGCCAACAGAACUAGAUUUACUGAUUAUCAAAUCAAAGUAUUGCAAGAGUUUUUUGAAAAUAACGCAUAUCCCAAAGAUGAUGAUCUCGAAUAUUUGUCAAAAUUAUUGGGAUUAAGUCCUAGAGUAAUUGUGGUCUGGUUUCAAAAUGCUCGCCAAAAAGCUAGAAAAGUUUAUGAAAACCAACCAGCCGCAGAUCCACCUGCGAGUGCCACGGAUGAUGCCAAUAGAUUUCAGCGUACUCCAGGUCUUAACUACCAAUGUAAAAAGUGCCAAUUAGUAUUCCAAAGGUACUAUGAACUAAUAAGACAUCAGAAGACCCAUUGCUUUAAAGAAGAAGAUGCGAAAAGAUCAGCACAAGCACAGGCGGCAGCGGCUCAAGUUGCAGCUACAUUAAGCAGUGAGGAUUCCAACUCGAGCAAUGUCGAACAUCACCCACCUCACGUGCCAGUCUCACCUGCGCCGCCUCGUACGCCAACUCCGGCAGCGCCUAACUACCCAGUAUCACCAGCACCGCCUGCGCCGUUAACACCUGUUACCCCACUAUCGCACACACCUCGUGAGGAAAAAGAUGGAAAUUUCCAGUGUGAUAAAUGCAACCUAGUCUUCCCUCGUUUUGACUUAUGGCGAGAACAUCAACUAGUUCACAUAAUGAACCCAAACUUAUUUCCCACAUACCCGCCUGAUUCCCCUUUUGGAAUUUUGCAACAACAUGCACAGCUACAACAACUAAAUGCAAGCCUUGGCAGUGAUGAAGCUCGACAUCCUUUAGUAGCGGCUCUAAACCAACAAGUCGCUAAGAGAAAGUUCGAUGAGUACGAAGAAGUCGAAACAGGUGAACAGCCUAAGGACAAACGCUUAAGAACUACAAUUUUACCUGAACAACUGGAUUACCUCUACCAAAAAUACCAAAUAGAAUCUAAUCCAUCUCGUAAAAUGCUUGAAAAUAUAGCACGCGAAGUGGGACUAAAAAAAAGAGUGGUACAAGUUUGGUUUCAAAAUACACGAGCACGUGAGAGGAAAGGACAAUUUCGUGCGCAUGCACAAGUCAUAAAUAAACGAUGUCCCUUUUGUCCAGCUUUGUUCAAGGUAAAGAGCGCACUAGAAAGUCAUUUGAGCACCAAGCACGCGGACCAGUGUGCGAGAGGUGAAAUCAAUGUAGACGCACUACCUGAUGAAGAAUUGAGCACAGAAUCAACCCCAAGUUUUGGUUCUCAACAAAGUGAUCGGCAGCAAAAUUUUUCCCAAGCGGGGGCCCCCAUGUUGCCCCCUAUUUUUCCACCUUUUCACUCAGACAUGGAGAAAUUUAUCAAGCAGUACAGUGAAGAAUCUAUGAAACGCUAUGUAAGUGAACUACAAGCGCAUGCUGCCGCUCAACAAAAUGGUGGCGGAAAUAACGAUGCAAGUGACCGACGUCCCGAGCAUGGGAAAUCAGAGAUACCAUUAGAUCUCAGUAAACCAGUUGAUCUGUCAAGACCUGGAUCUGAUGCCGACGAGCGCUCCGACACCGCUUCGGAAACAAUGGAGUUUUACGAAGAAGACGAGCCCACAUCGCCUCUUCCUGGCCAGCAACAAGCGGCACGGCCGCCGGGCAAACGUUACCGCACGCAAAUGUCAUCCUUGCAAGUCAAGAUUAUGAAAUCCUUAUUCGGAGACUAUAAAACUCCAACUAUGGCCGAAUGCGAGGCGCUCGGUCGAGAAAUAGGACUGCCCAAACGUGUAGUGCAAGUUUGGUUCCAAAAUGCACGUGCCAAAGAGAAGAAGGCGCGCCUGGCCGCCGGACUGAUGGAGGUGUCCGAUGCGCCGCCGCCGGAGGAGUGUCGAGUGUGUGACUUCAAAUACAGUCACAAAUACUCGGUGCAGGACCAUGUGUUCACGCGUGGUCACAUCGCUGCUGUACGCGCGCGGCUCGAAAGUGGUGCGGGCGGCGGCGACGACAGCACGCUCGCGCUCAUGCAGAUGGCGGCGCGCCUCGAGAGCGGCAUGGGCGGCGAUUUGCACAACGCGUUCCUGCGGCCACAGCUCGCCGGCAACGGUGAGUGUACUUGACCGCGGAGUGAGUCGCCUAGCGCUUCACAGCUCUACGCGAUCCCGCAUUCUCUUACGUAGAACCUCGCAGCGGCGAGCUCCGCUCGAUCGCCUCAUUUUAAUUGUGUUCACAAUAGAUGAAAAUAUUCAUAUAAUAGCGAUUCGAGCGAAGCUCCUUUCGUGCCGUGACGGUCGUUGCUAUUUUCCUAUUAGUGAGUCCUUUUGUAAAUAAAAUUUAGAUGUAACUGAAAUAGCUUAAGAUUUUGAAUCUCUCUGUAGUGUUCGUAUUUCAAUAUUUUUGAGAUUGAUCUAAACACGCAAUUCAAUUUGAUGUCAUUAUAAUCAGCCCGUUUCCGUCGAUGGAUGGACCUCUGUUAUAGUACGCCAAUGAAUUCGCCAUUAAAAUCUACAGCUAAUUGAUAAAGUACAUUAUUCAAAACACUAAAUGUGCGUCGAGUCGGUUCACCGAUGCGAAAGGUAAUAGCGGCACGUCCGCAGUCGAAUCAAUCUCAGAAAUUAUUUCGUAAUUCAAAUAAUUACGGAACGUGGCAACAGUAAAAAACAUUACACAAUCUUCGAAUUAUAAUAUAAAUCUGAAACCAGUGUGAAAUAGAUAUAGUUAUGUAGGUAUAUGAGCAUUUUUUGUGCUUCUCGCUGGUACGUUUGGUUGCGCUUCGGCACAGACACGUGUUGAUGCGUUGUCAUCGCCACGAGAGGCGGGCUGCGGGCCCAACCACGCUGGCGCGGUGCAGCGGUGGGCGGCCGCUCUAUGUUAUAUACAAAUGCAAACGAUGCACAACAAUGGUAGGAGUUAGGACGCGUGAAGGACGUCGAUAUCUAAUGGAACCGAUCUGGCGCACAUGCAUUUCGCUCCACAUGAAUAAUCAAUUAUUUAAAUGACGCCAAUCAAGACUUUCUCGGAAAGAACACAUCAGCGUCCAUUGUUUCCUUGGUUUUACUACCUUAUUACACUAAGUUUGGUCCACAUAUUGAAAACCAAACACUACAGAGAGAUAUAGACUAGUAAUCUGUUGCAUAAUAUUAUUCUUCCUAGUUAUUCGUAUUUAAAACUCCUAUUAGGUUAUUAGCGACAUGUCGAUUGUUGUAGGAUUGUAAUGAAAACCAAAUUAUAUAUUUUAGAGAAUUUAAAUGUUUUAGUUAUAAUUGUGUAAAGUCAUAGCGAAGCCUGAAGUCUAUAAUUAUUUAAAAUAAGGUGCCUUGUAGGAUCCAAGUGUUUUGUAAAUUAUUUUCUCUUGAGCUCCACUGUAAAUAGUUAAAAGUAUACUACUAGUUAUAACUAUGUGCACUGUAAAAUUGUUGUCGCCGAUAGCUGUUCGUAUUUGUAUUUCGAUAGUUCUUAUCUAUAGGUAGAUAUAAAUAUAUUAUUUGUUUCGUAGAGGCAUCUUAAGAACUUGUGAUAUAAAUGUAUCUAAUUAGUUUACUUCGCAUAUCUUUCGCAAAGGUCUCGGUUAAGGGCACGAGCCUAAAAGAUCAAAAAUACAUACAGACAUAACAUUAAAGUUUGUCGGUUUUUACAUAAUAAUGAAUGCUUAGCUAUCGUGUGGGGUCCCGGUUGCAGUUUGUGCUAUUCUUUCGUGACAUUUACAUAUAAGUGGGUCUCGAUUGGGGCGUUAGGCGAUAUGCAAAUAUUUUCUUCAAAUUUGAAUGUUGCGUAAGUCGUGGGGCGCACGAGCUGUGAGCGCAUGCGCCCGCGCCCCUGCGCACGCGCCGCGGGAGCUACGCUAUGCCCUUAUUUAUUAUGUGGAAAUUUUCGCUAGAGACUCGUAAACACCUUGAUACGUCUCUAUUGAUCUUUCAAAUGCAAAUGUCUCAGUCCGUCGGUAAAGAAAAUAAUACGUGUUGUUUACUAUUUCUUGAAUACAUACCACAGCAUUCUGGUAUUUAUAUUGAGCAUGUUUAUUUGCAUAUCGCUUUUUGUUGAUUUUAUUUAUUUUUGUUAUGUUUGUAUUUAUUUUUGUUCCAUAGUUUUAACUAUUAUCUCGUUGGACACGUAGAUCUUCUUUCAGCCGUAUUGACAUCAAGGCGACUGAUGCACCUUGAUAUUGAAUUUGCCUCCAACCCGACUUCCAAUAAUUUUAUUUUAAUUUGUAUAAUUUAAUUUUUAAUCUAAUUUUAUGCGAUCUGCAUUUACUGUUAUUCAGAUGACAUUAUUCUAAAUAGUUAUUUGAAACAAAGUCCAGUGCCAGCCAGUGAAAGAAUUCUUUGGUAUUUGCGGCGUUGACUCGACCGCCUAGGAAAAGAUUGAAAGUCUUGUAAACUGAUAGUAUUAUUAUAAUUAUUAUCUACAGUUAUUAUAUUUGCAGAAUUCGUUGAAAUAAAUGCAAUAUUUAUAUUAUUGAA